AUUGAAACUGAUUUAGGCAGUCAAAAGUAUGGUGAGUACUCCCUCGGCAGCUGGAAAAAGAUCCAUCGAUGCGGUUUCUAGCAAACAGUCUGAUAUUAGCAGCAAGAAAGACAAAGCAGAUGAAUCAGUUAAUAAUGCAUCAGCAUCUUUAAAUAAACGACCUAAACGAGCCUGUUCUUCAAAUCUCAGCUCAUCUAAUAUCCAGUCAGACACUGCAACCUCCACCAAUGUCGCUCUUCAGGAAACCAGUGAUUCCAGUAACCCAACUGUUGCCAUCACAGAAAAUCCUGUUGAUUCCUCUCAUCAGCCAUGUUACACCAACACUAAACUGCCUGAUACGAUCAAGUUUGAUCCAACACCUGUUGGAGCAACCAAGUUUAUUGCAUGGAACGUUGCUGGUCUGCGAGCUAGCUUGAAAAAGGACAUGAUGAGGUACAUCGAGGCUGAAGAUGCUGAUGUGGUGUGUUUGCAAGAAACCAAGAUGAAUGCAUCGUUGGAUACUAGUAUGUUUAGUCGCAAGCAAUAUCCCCACCAAUACUGGUCGCAUUGUACUACCAAAAAGGGAUAUUCCGGCGUGAUGGUUCUUUCAAAAGUCAAGCCCUUGUCAGUAGAAUACAAAAUGGGCCAUUCAGCCAUUGAUGAUGAAGGCCGAUUUGUAAUUCUCGAGUAUCAAGACUUUUACUAUAUUGGAUGCUACAUUAUGAAUGCUGGAGCCGAUUUGGGUCGUCUGGAUUUGAAACGAGAGCAUUAUGUAAAACUGAAAAAGUUUAUGGGUGAACUACAGAGUAAGAAACCAGUGAUUUGGUCUGGAGAUUUGAAUGUUGCUCAUACAGAAAUCGAUUUGGCUCGUCCAGCUACCAAUACAAAGUCUGCUGGCUUUACUCCCGAGGAACGCGAGGAUUUUGGAAACUUGUUGACUGACCUUGACAUGGUUGACUCGUUUCGGCUCAAGCAUCCUACAGCUACUGGAAUGUACUCUUACUACUCAUUUCGUCAUAAUAGUAGGGCUAAUAAUGUUGGAUGGCGAUUGGAUUACUUUGUCGUCUCCAAAGCAUUACAGGAUGAUAUUAUUGAAGCAGAUAUUCGAUCAGAGAUUUACGGAGCUAGUGAUCACGUUCCUAUUCUAUUACUACUAAAUCGCAGUUUGGGGUCAUCAGUUGUUGAGCCCAUCACCAAAGAAGCCAAACUAUUCCCACUCUUUAUAAAAAAAUAAAGUCAUUCAACUC